UUUGGAGGCACUAAAGAUUACUCAUUUUUCAAAGUUCCUUCAUUUUCUUAUUAGUAAUAAUUUCAAUCUUUCUUUUUGUAAUCUGUGGAGUACUCAACAAGACAAAGAUGUCGAUUUCUGGUAGUUUGCCUGAUGGAUUGGUGACUAAAUACCGUGAAAAAAUCAUCAUAGAUACUGAUCCUGGCAUUGAUGACAGCAUGGCGAUAUUAAUGGCAUUCCAGACUCCAGAAGUUGAGAUAUUAGGCUUAACUACCAUAUUUGGAAAUGCUACUACGAAAGAUGCUACACGAAAUGCAUUAAUUUUGUGUGAGACUGCAGGAUAUCCAGAUAUCCCGGUGGCAGAAGGCAGCCUUGAACCUCUGAAGAGAGGAGAACCACAUGUUGCAGACUUUGUUCAUGGUUCAGAUGGAUUAGGCAACUUAUUCUUACCUUCUCCAAAUUCUAAAAAAAUCAAGAAAUCUGCAUUUGAAUUUCUGGUGGAUAAAGUAUCUGAAUAUCCUGGUGAAGUAUCUAUACUUGCACUAGGACCACUGACAAAUCUAGCUCUGGCUGCUAAACGAGACUCAAACUUUGCAAGCAAGGUGAAGAGGGUGGUAAUACUUGGCGGUUCCUUCUUUUCUUUGGGAAAUGUUAAUCCCGCUGCAGAAGCAAAUAUAUAUGGGGAUCCAGAAGCUGCAGAUAUUGUAUUCACCUCAGGAGCAAAUAUUGAUGUUGUUGGCAUCAACAUUACCACACAAAUUAAAAUGACAGAUGCUGACCUUGAUGAACUGAGGCAAUCCGAAGGAAAACAUGCUAAAUUUUUGUGCAACAUGUGCAAAUUUUACCGUGAUUUUCAUGUAAAGUCAGAAGGCGUAUAUGGAGUUUUUCCUCAUGAUCCUGUCACUUUUGUGGCACUAGUUCGACCUGACCUCUUCACGUACAAGAAAGGUGUUGUGAGGGUUGAGACACAGGGCAUUUGCAUUGGGCAUACGCUCUUGGACGAAGGGCUAAAGAAGUGGAAUACGAGCAAUCCGUGGACACAGUAUUCUCCAGUUUCAGUUGCAUGGACAGUUGAUGUGGAUGAAGUUCUGAAUUAUAUCAAGAAAAUGCUGAUGAAACCAUGAAUAUUUUCAUUAUUUGUAUUGUAUCAUAGCAUACCUAUUCUUGAAAUUGACGAAUACAUUUUCUCAUAAUUUCUGAUGACAGCCAUUUAAACUGUAUUAUGUACUCAAAGUUUGGAGAUCAGAUGCCCUAUGUAAACAUGUUUAUGUUGAUGACGAAAGUAAAAGACACUGACAUUAUGA